AUGGCGCCGUCAAACGACGCAGACAUGUCCGUCGACUUCUACGAACUGCUCUCGAUCCCCGCGACGGCAUCCGAGUCAGAGAUCCGCCGUGCGUACCGCAAAACCUCGCUGCUGUACCACCCGGACAAAGUCACGCCCACGCCCGAGACGCUGGAGAAGUUCCAACUCCUGCAGACGGCGCUCACCAUCCUCACCGACGCCGCCGAGAAAAUCAAGUAUGACCAGACGCGGGAGGCGAAGCAGCGGCGGCUGGCCGAGACGGCGGCGCUCGAAAGCCGGCGGCGACAGAUGAAGGAAGAGCUGGAGAAACGGGAGGGCGACUUUGCCACCACCGGAAUGCCGUCGGUGGGCGGCGUGAAGCGCACCUGGACCGAACGCGAACUCGAAAUCAAGCGCAUCGCCGAAGAGAACAGGAGGAAGCGGGAAGCGGCCAUGGCGCACAAGGCGCAAGAGGCACAAGCUCGCACACAGGCUGCGGCCGAGGCGACAGCGGAAGAGCAGUCUCCUUCCAGCUCGAUCGACCGGUCUGUCAAAGUGCGUUGGAUCAAGGAAGCGGACGGGCUGGAGAUCGACCAGGAGGCACUGGAGGAGAACUUUGCCGCCGGCGACGUGGAGAACGUCCUGAUGCUGAAGGACAAGAAACGGCGUGUCGACGGCAGGGCCAGAAAAGUCCUCCUGGGCACUGCGGUCAUUGUGUUCAAGUCUUUGGCUAUCGCGAAGAAAGUCGUGGCACAGGGUCCGUGGGAGGGCAUUGAAAGUGUCGAAUGGGCCGCGACCAAGGAAACCGACGGCGGUUGA